GAGCCGGAAGCUCCCCCUCCCCGUCGCUGCCGUCGCGCCGCUCGGUGCCCGCUGCCGCUGGGCUCCGCCAUGUCGCCGGUGCGGGCGGUGCUGGCGCUGCUGGCCGCCAUCGCGGCCCCGGCUGCCGCCUACUUCGUCAGCAUCGACGCGCACGCCGAGGAGUGCUUCUUGGAGCGGGUGCCGUCCGGCACGAAGAUGGGGCUCAUCUUCGAGGUGGCCGAGGGGGGCUUCCUGGACAUCGACGUGGAGAUUACAGGGCCUGAUAAUAAAGGAAUUUAUAAAGGUGAUCGAGAGUCCAGUGGAAAAUACACGUUUGCUGCCCACAUGGAUGGAACUUACAAGUUUUGCUUUAGCAACAGAAUGUCCACCAUGACUCCCAAGAUAGUGAUGUUCACUAUUGAUAUUGGAGAAGCUCCAAAGGGGCAGGACAUGGAGACAGAAGGUGGUGGAGAUACCUGGGAUGCUCAUCAGAACAAGCUAGAAGAGAUGAUUAAUGAGUUAGCAGUGGCCAUGACGGCUGUAAAGCAUGAACAGGAGUACAUGGAAGUUCGUGAAAGAAUACAUAGAGCAAUUAAUGACAACACAAACAGCAGAGUGGUUCUUUGGUCAUUCUUUGAAGCUCUUGUACUAGUUGCCAUGACACUGGGACAAAUCUACUAUCUGAAGAGGUUUUUUGAAGUCCGAAGGGUUGUUUAAGAGUACUUUUCUGGUCCCGGAUUUCAGUUCACUGUCUACCAAACAUCCUGGUCACAAAAAGAGUCAUUUACUUUCUGAACCCUCUUUACUGAACUGUAAAACUUGCUUUUGUUCCUCCCUAGUUAAAAAAGAAUUGGUUUUAUAUAUCUUCUGUAGCAUAAGCUGUGCUGAAAUCUUGUCACUUGAUUGGCAUAACUUUUUUUCACUUCAAAUCUGCCUACUCUGUGUGCUAAGCAAGGUCCAAGCAAGCUGCAAAUGCUGUAAUCCACUGUAGUAACAAGCACCAUUGAUGUCUUUUCUAACUCUUUGCCCUGUUUUCAUGAGUACUUGCAGUUCUACCUAAGGAAACGGUACAAGGCCCUAACAUGACUGUUUUGCAAGUUUGACAUCUCUAACCCUGCAAUAGGUGUUAAAAAUGGGAAUAAUCCCUUUUUUGCUUAUGUAAACUGCCAAGAAGAUUGGAAACUUUAUUCUGAUAAUGAAUAGAGGACGGAUGACCACUUCAAUCUAGUAUUUGUGCCUAGUUGCUAUUUAAAAGAGUCUUCAGUAACCACUCUUGAUGUAAUCAUUACAUCAGGUUAUUCCCAAAGUUCUAAAUUAACUAGUCAAUAUGAAAGGAUAUUUUAUCCUCUCAUGAUCACAUGUCCAUCAGACGGUUUUGUUUUACUCUUUCACAGGUUUUAUGUCAAAGCCAAUUGUGUGCAGUGUCUUGGCAGACCAUGGUUAACCCUUUGGUUUUUGCAGGCCCAAAGCUUAGAUGGUUGGCGCCGAUGGGGAACGCGUUCUUAUUCAGGAAACCUGGAUUCCUGGUGCAAAAGGGUUAAUGAUUCUGGGAGUCUAUUGCGAUGCUAUGCAGCCCUUGUCUUUAAGUUAAGGCAGCCUCUGCCCUUCUCUCACCCUGAUGCUAUAACUACCGGCGUGUUUUCUUUUCCAGGCACGUGUAGAUUUGGUUUUGUACAAAGUUUCUUUCCUCGUUAUCUGAUGAUUGGUUUAAAACGUAAAGCAGCGUCUGAGGUGGGUGCUGAGCCAGGAUUACGUUGUGACUGAUGUAUAUUAGUUGUAAUCAUUUGGGGGGGGGCGGGCUGGGGUCUUUUCCAGGGGGGAGCCUCUACAAGUAACACACAGCAGUUUUGUACGAUUAAUUUAAGAUUUGUUACAGGUUUUCAUGUUCCAGGUAAAGCUUUUCCAACCUCGGGCAAACACUUGCAGCAGUUCCUCAGAGAAGGUGGCUCUGACACCUUAGCGCGACUGUUGUGUGCCAAUAUUUUUUGUGUAGAACACGUCAAAUUGAAUUCAAAGGUGUACAUUUAAAAAUGACUCGUGAAGGGAAAUCUGACCCAGGUUCGAGAAUAAACAAAUUCUUUAAAAAAAUAA